GGAGCCAAGUGGGGCGGGGAGAGACACACACACACAGUCGGAGGAGCCAGCCAGGGCAGACGGGUGGCUAGUGACUGCCCCAAGGCCGGGGGCACUCAGAGAGGCCCCAACGACUCCCCCACAUCUCGGUACCCUGGGAGUCCAGCCUGAUGCAGGCAGCCUGGCUGUUGGGGGCCCUGGUGGUCCCCCAGCUCCUGGGCUUUGGCCAGGGGGCUCAGGGAGCUGAGAGGGAGUGGGCCGGGGGCUGGGGAGGGGCCGUGGAGGAGGAACGGGACAGGGAGGUUUUGAUGCUAAAGCAUCUGCAGGAGGCUCUGGGGCUGCCCUCCGAUAUGGGCGAAGAGAAUUUCACCGGAAUCAUCCUGGAUGAAGGACUCUGGGGGCCCGAGGAAGAGCAGGGAGAGCCCAAGGGGAAGGCAGCGACCACAACACCAGCCCCCUCCCCCAGCCCCAGCCCAUCUCCUACCCAGGAGGACGUGGUCACUUAUAUCUUGGGCCGCCUGGCCGGCUUGGACGCAGGCCUGCACCAGCUGCACGUCCGCCUGCACGCGCUGGACACCCGCGUCGUGGAGCUAACCCAGGGGCUGCGGCAGCUGCGGAAGGCGGCGGAUGACACCCGCGAGGCCGUGCAAGCCCUGCAGGAGGAGCAGGGCCGGGCCGGGCGCGAGCGUGGCCGUCUGGAAGGCUGCCUGAAGGGACGGCGCGUGGGCCACAAGUGCUUCCUGCUCUCGCGCGACUUCGAGGCGCAGGCGGCGGCGCAGGCGCGCUGCGUGGCUCGGGGCGGAAGCCUGGCGCAGCCGGCGGACCGGCAGCAGAUGGAGGCGCUGACCAGCUACCUGCGGGCGGCGCUGGCGCCCUACAACUGGCCCGUGUGGCUCGGGGUGCACGACCGGCGCGCCGAGGGCCUCUACCUGUUCGAGAACGGCCAGCGCGUGUCCUUCUUCGCCUGGCACCGCGCCCCCAGCCCCUCGCCGCACCCGCUCAGCCCCAGCCAGCCCAAUGGCGGCGCGCUGGAGAACUGCGUGGCGCAGGCCUCGGACGACGGCUCGUGGUGGGACCACGACUGCGAGCGCCGCCUCUACUUCGUCUGCGAGUUCCCCGUCUAGCGCGGCCCGUUCCCCGACCCCAGGACCCAGGCUGGCCCU